CUCAAUUUCUUUCAGGCGACAAGGCCGCCAUUGAGGAGUUUCUGUCCAGGUUCGAUGUCUUCCUCUUCGAUUGCGAUAGGCGUCCUCUGGUCUGGCGAUCAUCUUUUUGAGAAGGUCCCGGAGACGCUGGAGAUGCUAAGAAGCAAAGGCAAACAGCUCGUGUUUGUCACCAACAACAGUACCAAGUCGCGACAAGACUACAAGAAGAAGUUCGACAAGUUAGGAAUACCAGCGGAAGCUAACGAAGUCUUUGGAUCCUCAUACAGCGCCGCCGUGUACAUCGCUCGCAUCCUCAAGCUACCGGCACCAAAGAACAAAGUGUUUGUGAUGGGAGAGUCUGGCGUUGAACAGGAACUCGAAGCAGAAGGUGUCCCGUAUAUCGGAGGCACAGAUCCUGCCUUCCGCCGUGACAUCGAGCCGGAGGACUUUACGAACAUCGCCAAUGGGAGCAUGCUGGACCCAGACGUGGGCAUCGUACUCACCGGCCUUGACUUCCACUGCAACUACCUGAAGACAGCGAUUGGCUUCCAAUACCUCCAGCGCGGCGCUAAGUACCUUGCGACCAACAUUGACAGCACGCUGCCCAUGUCGCACACUCUCUUCCCGGGUGCCGGAUCUUCGGGUGCUACUUUGACAAAGGCUAUUGGACGGGAGCCCCUGUCUCUGGGUAAGCCGAGUCAAGCUAUGAUGGAUGCUGUGGAAGGCAAGUUCAAGUUUGAUCGCAGCCGAACGUGCAUGGUUGGCGACAGGUUGAACACGGAUAUUCAGUUUGGCAUCGAUGGCAAGCUGGGAGGUACGCUCGCUGUGUUGACGGGUGUGAGCAAGAAGGAGGAUUUCCUCGCCGAGGGUGCGCAGACCGUGCCCUCCGCGUAUGUGAAUGCUCUGGGUGAUUUGAUGGGUUGAGCGGUGUUCAUGUACAGUCUAGAGUGGACAAGAA